UUUUUUGUAUUGCUAAAUUUACAUAAGUAAAAUACAUAAAUAGUUCUUCCACCACUGGUGUCAGCUCAUGUCUAGCCUACAUGUAACUCGUAUAGUAAUGGCUUUCAAUCAAUGAUCCCACCAAUCUCCAUUAUCAUUUGUCAGAGCAACAGACAGCUGAGAAGAGGACAACAACAACCACAGAGCUUCCAUGUAUGCUGCAGACAUGAAGUGUACAUGCAGGGCUUGUAAACAUCCACAGUGCUGUCAGUAAGCCUAUAGCGAUAUGUCCAGCAUCAUGUUAAGUACAACAACAGCAGCUGCUCCAUCAUUCCCCACCCUCUGGAUUUAUGUUGACUACAAUCAGGUUAUUAAUGUCUCUCACACACCUCUAAACACUGCAUGUAAGCCGGUCUAUGCCUUGUUCCAAAGAGAGCAGCAGCAGCUCUUUGUUUGUCUUUUGGUUGGUGACAGCACAGGAACAUGUGGUCAUGCAGCAGCCAAUGCCGAGCCCAGAGCAGGCGAUCAGCACUGUCAGAAUAACAGCAGCAGUGCUGGCACUGGAGAGGAACUCUGCCGUCCCCCUGCAGAAAGAAACCCCCUAAAAGAGAGAGAGAGAGAGAGAGAGAGAGAGAGAGAGAGAGAGAGGGAUUUGGUUACAGAGCAGAGGAGGAUGAGGAUGCAGUGGGAAGGGGAUGUUGCAGAGGAGGCUGCACGGAGGCAAAAACAAACAGGAGGACAGGCUGUGUGAUCCAGGUUUCAAGAUGUAGGAGCCGCAUCAGAAGAGCCCUCAGUCAGAGUGUGUGUGAGCGCACCAUAACAUCAGGGGACUUGUGUUUCAAGGAUAGUGAAGGUGGAGAGGCGCAACCUGAUAAGUCCUCCCCUCCACCUCCACAGAGGAUGAUGACAAAUUAGUCCUUAUUCAGCAAGGAGCGAGUGCAUCACCCUAAGGAUCAGAUGUUGUCCACAGCUCAGCAGAUGCUGCAGGAUAGCCGCUCCAAGAUCGAGCUGAUCCGACUGCAGAUUAUCAAAGUCACCCAGGCUGGCAGCAGCAGUGGCGGUGGUGGUAUUGGCGGAGAUGGUGGCGAUAACCCUAACAGCUCCACUCACAGAGUGUUCUCUCCAGUCGCCAUCAGUGCUGUGGAUGUUCGUUUGGCAGAGUUGCAGCACUACAUGCAGAGAGAGACAGAUGCGUUGGUGCUGGCCAAAGAUGUGGUGAAGCAGCUGGAGGGAAUCUCAUCGCUGGACCAGAAGGCACUGGCUGAGGCUCAGCUCCGGGUGCAGGAGUCUUCCCAGAAGCUGGAUCUUCUGCAGCUGUCUCUUGAGAAAUGCAUGAAGGAAAAGAACCAGAAACCUCUACAGGAGCCUGCAGGGGGGGUAGACCCUUCAGAGGGACCCCCGUCUCCCCAAGACUCCAGACCUGAAUGUCCCCUGUCCACCUCGCCGUCUAUCUUCUCUAUCAAACCUGCCUCCUUGACUGGCAAACUUGAAGUUAACCUUCUUGGAUGUGAGGAUUUACUGAAACCUCUGACAAACCCAGAGCAGGGAAACCAUCCGAGUUCAAGUGAUGACGGUUCACCUGCUGCUCACAGGACAGACGGACCCUGUGUGGAGAUCAGCGCGGUGCUCAGGCUGGACACCAGAGUGGUUGGCCGGACACGCUGGGCAGCCGUCAGCAGGCUGACCUGGGAUCAGACGUUCUGCAUCCAGCUGGAGCGGUCUCGAGAGCUGGAGGUCACUGUCUUCUGGCGGGACGGGAGGGCGAUGUGUGCAGUCAAGUCCCUGCGACUGGAGGAGAUGAUGGACAACCCGAACCACGACCAGGAGUUACGCCUGGAGCCACAGGGCCUCCUCUAUGCCAAGCUUCAAUUCAUUGACACUGUUGUUGAGCGGCAGCCGAAACUGAGACGUCAGCGAUGUAUCUUCACUAAAGAGAGAGGGAAGAACUUCCUCCGAGCGGCCCAGAUGAACAUGAAUUUUGCCACGUGGGGUCAUCUGAUGAUGAGCAUCCUCCCUCGCUACAGCUCCUUCACCACAUUCAGCUCAUCCCUCUCCACGGCCCCCGACCUGGUGGCCAACAGCACCCAACAUCCGACUGAGAAGGAGCCUCAAACCACCACUCCACUGCCAAGCGAAGCCCCAGAAAUCCGAAUCACUGAGGAUCAGCAGUCUCCCACCAGCUUCGACCAGGGAGGCAACACACCCAACAUCAUCACCUCAGCACACAAAACAUCAUCUGUGCCUGCAUCGCAAGAAAAACUGUCAUCCAUAAACAACACAGAAGAAGGAAGUGAAGAUCAGCCUGUAUCUGCUCUAAAGAUGCAGAUGGAAGAUUUUAAAUAUAUUUCAGUUCUGGGCAGAGGACACUUUGGAAAGGUCCUGCUGGCAGAAUUUAAGAAGACAGGAAAACUGUACGCCAUCAAAGCCUUGAAGAAAAGAGACAUUGUGACUCGUGAUGAAGUGGAUAGCCUUAUGAGCGAGAAAAGGAUCUUUGAGAUGGUUAACGCAUCCAGACAUCCGUUCCUGGUGAACCUUCACGGCUGCUUCCAGACCAGCGACCACGUCUGCUUCGUCAUCGAGUAUUUACCAGGCGGCGACCUCAUGAUUCACAUCCACAACGACGUCUUCACCGAGGCCCAGACCAGGUUUUAUUCAGCAUGUGUCGUGCUGGGUUUAGAGUUUCUGCAUCUGAAUAAAAUCAUCUAUCGAGAUCUGAAGCUGGACAACCUGUUAAUGGAUGCAGAUGGAUUUGUGAAAAUCACAGACUUUGGACUUUGUAAAGAAGGGAUGGGUCACGGGGAUCAGACGUCAACUUUCUGUGGGACUCCUGAGUUUCUGGCUCCUGAGGUCCUGACAGACGACAACUACACCCGAGCGGUGGACUGGUGGGGGAUGGGCGUCCUCAUCUAUGAGAUGCUCGUGGGAGAGUCUCCGUUCCCCGGUGAGGAUGAGGAGGAGGUGUUUGACAGCAUCGUCAAUGAUGAUGUGCAGUAUCCAGGGUCUCUUCCUCCUGACGCCGUCUGCAUCAUCCAGAAGCUGUUGAAGAAGAAUCCUCUGAAAAGACUGGGAGCCGGAGAGAAGGACGCAAACGAAAUCAAAGGAGAGAAAUUCUUUGAGACCAUCGACUGGGAAGCCCUCAUGGCCAAGACGGUAAAACCGCCGUUCCUGCCGUCAAUCAAGGAGUCAAUGGAUGUCGGCAACUUUGACAGCGAGUUCACUCGACUGCAGCCAAUCCUGUCGCCUCCCGCCAAGCCCUUCGUCCUCUCUGCUGAGCAGCAGGAAGCCUUCGCAGACUUCGACUUCUGCGCCUUGCAUGGAUGAAAGAAGAGCUGAAGUAACCAGGGUGGGAAAAUGAUUACAUUUAGUUUGCGGCUGGAAUGUUUGGCCACUUUAGGGGACCAAACAUCAUCAUUUACGUUUAAUCAACUCCCCUAUUGGCAAGUAAAAUAAUUCAUUCAUUCAUUCAAAUAAUAAUUUAUUCAUAAAGUGAUUAGCUACUCUAUUUAUAUUUUUUUAAAUAAAAACAUUAAAUAUGUAGCUGUUUAGCAGUCGGACUUGCAAGAACAUUGACAGGACUUUUUUAAACUUUAGUAUUUGGUCUAGUGCUGUUUUCGCUCAUUAGUUAAUAGUCAAUUGGCACAAAAUGAAUCAGUGACAAAUGUCAUGAUCGAUUAAAGUCCUUUAUCAAAUACAAAUACUAAAGGUUUGCCAAUUACAACCACAAAUGUGACAUGAGUAAACGUUUUUACUUAUGGACUAUUGUAAGUUGUAAUGGCGAUUAGUCAGACUUUUGACCGUUAGACUUAAUUGAUCAAUCAAAGGAAAAAAGACAGAUUAAAGGAAGACUUCAACAUUUUGGGAGUCUUAUUUACUUAAUUAGUAAGUAAGUUAGUUAUCUUCAGCAGAGCUUAUCUUAGCACAAAGACUGGAAACGGGCCAACAGGUAACCUGGCUCUGUCCAAAGGUAACAAAAUCUGUCGACCAGCCCUGCUAGCUCUUUCCUCAUCUCCAGUCUUUGUGCUAAGCUAAGCUAGUCAACUGCAGGCUGUACAGUAUAGCUUCAUAUGUAUCAUACAGACAUGAGAGUGGUAGUGAUCUUUUCAUCUAACUCUCGCCAAGAAAGCAAAUAGGUGUAUUUCACAAAAUGUCAAACUAUUUAAUUAAAAAGAAAAGAAAUUAUUUGUUAGUUAGCCCUAGUUUGUUUAAAAAAGUGAGUUUUGGAAGCCAGAAAUCUGACCUCCCAGCCUAAUAAUCAUUUAGCUAUUUGUAUUGAUCAACAAUAAUCAACAAUCAACAAUCCUUAAAGAAAGUCUCCCACCCUGGUCUUCGUAGUACCACUAAAUGAACGAACACCUUGGAUAUUUCUGCAGCUCAGUCAUUUGCAAACAGGACUCUACAUACGAUCCCGUGGCUGAUUUUGCUGACUGUUCUCAACCGCCAUCCAAUCGACAGCCAAUUGUCGAUCAAAUAAACCAGGCAGCAUCUUUUUUUUGUUUUUAACAGAGCAAAAGAAAUUGAUUAUAACCCUUUAUAUUCUCUGUGGAGAGUCAAGCUUUGUUUUGACUUCUCCUGCAGUAAUACAACUCACCUGCUCCUGCUAUCAAGAGUUUAUUUAUGAGAGCUGCUCAGGUGAAAUGUUGUAAAAACAAAUACAGGAUGCUUGAAGAGUUUAUAACAUUAUUAUCACAUCUUUAUUCUUCUUAUAAUUUAAUUUUAAUACUCCAAUAUUGGAUGAUUUGCUAUGUACCAGUCAAAAUACAAAAUAGUACAAACUAAACCUUAAAUUAUAGUAGCCGUGCAAUACAUUUAAUAUGUAUAGUUUUGGUGAGCCCCUACAUGCAUCCAGUGUUCCUCCGUUUGACGUCAUAAUUUCAGCCACUUCCUCUUGCCACAUUACAUCAUUUUGCUAAUUUUGCACCUGAUACACAAGUAGUUAAGGCAGCGACUGCCUGGACUCUGUAAGAGUCUGUAAGUUGCCUUAUGUUGCCUCAUAAAUGUAUAAAAUUAUGAUUGUCAUACCUCUCUGGAAGUUAACACAUACUGUAAUGCUGACUCAUAUUCAUGUGUGUAGCAGUGUUUGUUGCCUAAGUUGCGGGUGCGUCAGUCACAAAUGGGGCAUAAUUAUGUGAUGUGGUAAGAGAAAACGUGUCACGGUUAGAAGAGCAGGCAGCAGGGGCAGAACAGGCAGACUGGUGCAGUUCAAUGAUUCAUUAGGAAAAAGGCUUACAGGCAGAGAGCCCAAAGGCAGGUAGAAAUGAUGAACCAACUCAGGUCAGGUGACUGCAGGGCUGAUGAGGGAAGUGGGAACAGGUGUGCAGGUGGGAGGGGAUUUCAGGUGGGCUGGCAAGAGAGUCUGAGGGCAUCGUAUGGACGGUUCAAGAAUGGCAGGUGUGGGGAGUGUACAUGGCCAGAGGGAAGUAAGCAGGAGCAGGUGACAGACACAGACGAGACAGUCCUGGUGAUAAAAUGACUCACGGAUCAUAAUAUAAUAUCACAUAGGAAAACUACAAUGGCACAAAGACGAACUAAUAACACUGACUGAAAGACGAUGGAAA